AUGGACAAGAAGUUUCGUGUCAACACUAACGGCGAACGCGACAUCUGGUCAACGGCGGAGGAGACUCCGGAAACGGCAACGUUUAGGCGAGGUGGGUCUCAGUCACAAGCACCACAGAUGCAGCAGCAGCCGUCGUCUCAGUUUCAUCAACCGGAGAGUUCUCACCAGAGGGUUUCUAAUGGUUUCUUGAAUGACCUGCAAACCCUAGAAUCCUCUUUUGGUGGCCUCUCUUUCUCUGAUUCAACUGUUCGUCAGAACAGUCAACCGAUGCCCCCUAAUCGGUACAAUCAUGUGAUCAACGGCGGCGGUAGUGGCGUUGUUGUUGUUGGUGGUGGUGGUAAUGGGUACAUGCCUCCUCUGAGUGCUGCUUACUACCAGCGUGAAUUAGAAGGGAUGCAGAGGUUUAAUUACUACCAGCGUGAAUUAGAAGGGAUGCAGAGGUUUAAUCAGAUGCAGCAGAGACUGUCUGUUCAGAACGAUUGUUCUAAUCGAUCGUCGUAUGAUACUUAUGGGUUGCUUAACAAUGGUAUCAUGAAUGGAGUUUCUUAUUCUUCAAGAAACCAUGUCUCAGAUCAGAACCCUUGGGAUUACAGUAAUGGUUUUGGGACUGGAAUGAACAAUCCUUGGAUGGGUUCUGGUUAUAACCAUGAUCAGGCGUUGGCUAUGGCGAACUGGAGGGAGCCGCCAUCCAUACUUUCGAUGGCUAAAGAUAAAGAUUUGAGAGACCAUCUGCUGAUGCUUCUCUUGGGUCCUCAGGAGAGCGUUGAUGUGAUCUACAACGCUCUCUUUGCACAUCUCUUUGACUUGAUGGUGGAUUCUCAUGCUAAUGAUGUCGUUAGGAGGCUUAUGGACAAAUGCAGCCCCGAACAGAUCAUUCAGAUUCUUGAUAUGGUUACUCAGUCCCAGUCUCAGUUUGUUAACCUAUGCUUUGAUCCACUCGGAAGCAAGGCAAUGAAAUGGCUGGUGAUUAAUACAAGACUUCGUUGUGGGGAGGAUCAAAUUUUGCGCUUCCUGGGAGCUAUAACCACGGUAGCACUCCGGUUGACAAGGAGCAGCAAUGCUAAAGAAGUGAUUCUGGAAUGCUUUUGCCAGUUUACUUUCCCGCAGUGUAGGCAUCUUGUUGAAGUUGUAGCUGGACAUUGUUACCAGAUAGCGAUUGAUCAACACGGCUGCAGCCUGAUACAGCAAUGUUUUAACAAUAAACGUCCGAUGCCUUUUCAAAUAAGGCAGCGUUUUAUUAUCGAGAUAAUCACUCAUGCGUUGAAACUCUGCUUGAACUGCUACGGAAACUACGUGGUACAGUAUGUCGUGGAGCUGGAAAACCAACAGGUGACAGAAGCGCUCGUGGUACAGCUGUUAGGGAGCUAUGCAUACCUCGCCCGUAACAAAUAUGGAAGUCAUGCUGUCCAGAAGUUGCUGCAGCUAAAGAGUAUCAACACUAGGUUGAUCGUAAAUGACUUGGUUCAAGAGAUUGAUACACUUCUUCUCGACCCGUUUGGGAACUAUGUCAUUCAAACCGCAUGGUUUGUCUCUAAGGAUGAUGUGCGCCAGAUGUUGAGGUGGCAUAUUGAGCGUAAUAUUCGGUUGAUGAGGUGUAACAAGUUUGGGAACAAGAUUCUGGAGAGGCUCAAUAUCUAGAGGAGAGAGGAGGAGCCCAAUGGUAGAAAAGAGAAACAAUGUUGUUUGGUGUUUGUUAGUUGGCUUUGGUGUUGUUAGCUUUCUCUGUUUUGAUUGAUUCAGAUUUUGUGUUGUUGCUGGUUACUAGUAUUUGAUUAGCCGUUGUUGAUGUUUCUAGGUGAGAGUGUUCUCUGUGGGUGUUUUCUUUUACUUUAACGUUUUGUUAAAUCAUAGGAUAAUUGUUAGA